AAAGCCCAUUACGCAGCAGCAGCUACGAAAGCCCAACCAACGCAACACAACAAACCUCCCUCCGCUCCAACCUCCCCGACUCACGACCCCCUUAUACCCCACCUCUUGCUGGUUGGCCUCACCAAAGGCAACAGCGUUCCCCAGUCCCGCGCUGCACGUCGCACGAAAUGCCUGCAGCGCAGAACGGUAGCCUCGCUCCCCCGACCACACUCAAGCGCCCGCGGACCGACCCCCCCUCACCUUCCUCGUCGAGCUCCCCAAAGCGCGCCGCCUCAGAAGACCCAGUCUCCUUCCUCGAUACGUCGUUGCCCCCCUCGCAGGCCCCACCACUCCACCCAUCGUCGCCCUUGUCUAGAAUGGACGUCGAGGACGAGCACGAGUCGGCAGGCGAGUGGGUCUCUAGAACGGGCCGCGUGAGCCUCAACGAGAACGAGCACCCCGACACAGACGCCGACAUGGCCGACGCCACUGCCGCCGGCCCGCCAGACCUCAGGUCCACGCGCGAGCUGUACAACACUGUGAUGGCGGCCUUACCGCCACCGUUCACCCCCUGGGCCAUGUUCCACCUCCUGCCCAGCAGCUUCUUCUCCGCGCUCCAGCGCCACGCGAUGGGCGAUGGCGGAGAGCCCGUACCUCCCCUUAGCCUCGAGUCUCUCCUCCCGCCAGGUGAGACUGCGAUCGAGGUCACCGAGCUCUCGCGCCCCGGCGGGAGAGGCACCCUCCGCCCCUCCAAGACCAACCUCUGGCGCAUUCGUGCCGGCCUGGUCGAAGACGAGGACUUUGUCUUCCUUGCCUCAGAGGGCUGGAACGCAAUCGUCGACUUUUACAGCUACCCCAGCGACCACCCCACGCUGCCCCGCUUGUGCCUGCCCAGCGGCCGUGUGGAGAUUGCCCCCAACGUCUACAAGCUCCACCUGGUCGCCGCAGCCACCACGUCGAUCCCAGUGCCUCCAGCAUACCCACACCCUCCCCUCCUCAUCACUGCUCCGAGCAACACUACCCUGCAAGAGCUUAUGAUGUUUGCGCGCAACGCGUUCCCGGGCAAGGUGUCGGUGGGAUCCCCGCUCAGGCUGUGGGUUGUCGAUGACGCGCCCAACACACUCGAGAUUGAGGCAAAGGAAUUGGUUACCCUCGGCGCGCGUGAGCCGGCCUCUAACCAGCCGAGCCACCGCACGACUCUUGCCGACGCUGGCCUAGCUGACGGCGACUCGAUCGCUGUCGAGGUCAGUGUCGCCACCGCCCCGGGUGGCAAGACACAGUGGGUCCUGGCCAAGGACGGCACGGGCAAGGCGAUCGAGAAGCCCGUCGCGGCCGCCGCGCCUGCUCCCUUAUUCUCCAAGCCUGCCCACUAUGCUGGCAACGCUACCUCGAGUGGAUCUUCGUCGUCCAACAACCUCCUCGCCUUGGCCACCACCGGAGCUGCCGGCAAAGUUCAGACGCGCUCGCAGUCGCGCACGCGCGGCAGCCACGGCCUUGUCGGCUUGAACAAUCUCGGCAACACGUGUUUCCUGGCGUCAGCCACGCAGUGUCUUAGCAACACCAAUGUGUUGGCGGAAUACUUCCUCUCCGGUGUCUACCGCGAGGAGCUCAACCCCGAUAACCCUCUCGGCAUGCACGGCCAGGUUGCCGAGGCAUUCGGCGAGGUCAUCGAGAACCUCCACAACUCGGCACCCCACUCCUCCUUCUCGCCCCGCAGGCUCAAGGCGACCUGCUCGCGCUUCGCUCCCCAGUUUGCCGGCUACGGUCAGCACGACACCCAAGAAUUCCUUGCCUUCCUGUUGGAUGGUCUUCACGAGGACCUGAACCGCAUCAAGAAGAAGCCCUACAUCGAGAUGCCGGACUGGAAGCCGGGAGGCGGCGACCGUGAGCUUGUCGAGCAUGGCAAGAUUUGCUGGGACGGCUACAAGAAGCGCAACGAUUCGGUCAUUGUCGAUCUUUUCCAGGGCCAGCUGCAGAGCACGCUUGUCUGCCCCGAAUGCCACAAGGAGUCGAUCACCAUGGACCCAUUCAUGUACCUCACUGUCCCGCUGCCCAUCGCGCAGACGAGAACCUUCAAGCUCACCUUCUUCCCGAAGGAUACCGACAGGCUGCCUAUCAACGUCCAGCUCUUGAUUCCUGUCAACGCAUCAUUCUCCGCCCUCAAGGACAAGCUAGGCGCCUUGGUCGGCGCCAAGGGCUCAAACAUUGUCGGAUACGACUUCUGGAAGGGCAUGCCCUACACUUGGUGGAACGACUCGGACCCCAACAGCGAGGCCAAGGACCAUGACACCGUCGUCUUCCACGAAGUAGGCGCCCCUGUGGUUGUCAACCACAAGGCUGCCGGCACCCAGCCCACGGAUGGCUCUGUUACUGUUCCCGUCUACACUUUCAUCCGCCAGGAGCAGCCCCGUUCGUCGUUCUCGCGCGAUCCGUACCCCAGCGAGGGCAGUCACUACCCGCUCUUCAUCACGCUUUCAAAGACGGAGGCAACCGACCCUUCUGCUGUGCGCGCCGCCAUCAUGCGCGCCUAUUCUCGUAUCGUCAAGCCUGAGACCAAGGCGGAGCUGUGGGUGUCGGCCAACUCGCCUCAUGCCAAGGAACUCGACGAUGACGACGACCAUGUCACCGACAUUUACGUCGACGGUGCCCCGCGUUCGUCGACGGAGAGUGGGCGUUCGAGCCACCGUGAGCACCUCUCACCCCUGGCUCCACUAGCGACACUGGGCAGCAGCACUGGCGACCUCCCGCGCACCCACAGCUCGGUGUCGGUUCACAGCCAGUCAGGACGUCUUGUCCCCCGUGGUGACCUGUUCAAGGUCCACGUUGCGGACGCGUCGUCUGCCGACUCCCACGGCAGCUCCAUGAGCCUCUUCAAGACUACCAACAAGGAUCCGAGCAUCCACAACUUCUACAAGGGCCAUGCGCAGGGCGCCCACAACCUGUGGUCGUCGCUGGACAAGCGGAGAGCUUCGAAGCGCCCAAUGCUCCAGCGCAUCUCAUCGAGUAUCUCCAACCUGGUCGGCUCGUCACCCAACUCGGACGACGAGGGUGAAGAUGCGGCACCGAUUCCCACUCUUCCGGUCGUUCGACCUGGUGAGGCAAUCUUCGUGGAGUGGAAGCAGGAGGACUUUGACGAUUUCUUCCCCGGCUGUAACAAUGGUCCUGUGCUUUUCGAAACCGAGACCAUUGUCGACCCUGCGAUCGCCAAGGAAGCUGCCAAGAAGCGUGAAGGCCGAAGCAUCACGCUUGAUGACUGCCUUGACGAGUUCUCCAAAGAGGAGACGCUGGGCCAGGACGACCUGUGGUACUGCCCCGUGUGCAAGAAGCACCAGGCUGCGACCAAGAAGCUCGAUAUUUACAAGGCUCCGGAUAUCCUUGUCAUCUGCCUGAAGCGCUUUGGCAGUUCGAGGCAACUCAGAGACAAGCUCGACCACCUUGUCCAGUUCCCUGCCGAGGGCCUCGACCUGGACGAGCGCGUGGGUGAGCGCCGGGUCACCAAGACACUCAACCUCACGCCCGAGGAGGCGAAGAACUAUGGCAUCGAGCACUCGACCGAGCCGUACAUCUACGACCUGUACGCUGUGGACAACCACUUUGGUGGUCUCGGCGGUGGCCACUACACGGCCUUUUGCCAGAACAAGGAGGACAGCAACUGGUACAACUUUGACGACUCCCGGGUGUCCAAGACCAAUGUCGACGCGGUUCAGAGCAGAGCGGCAUACCUGCUGUUCUACCAGCGCCGUACUGAGCGCCGUAUUGGUGGCAUCUCGAGAAUCAAGGCCGAGGAGGCGAGCAGAGCUGCCACACCGCUGCCGUCUGCGCCCGAGUCGCCCGUGAUUGCGCCGAGCGUUCCCGAGUCGGCCAUGGUGAGCUCGUUUAACAGCGCGCCGGGCACCCCAGCACAGCCUUCGCCAGUGGUAUCCAGCUCGUCUACACUGGACUCGGAUGACGACAGGCCGCUUGGGCUAAGCGCGUCGGGCGACCUGCGAUCUGUUGGCGACAAGAUUGGCUUUGGCAACACGGCGUGGACUGCCACGACCACGCCUGCGCACCGCCCCUCGUUACCGACGCCGGACUCGAGCGACAAUGACGAGUUUGUACCGGUGACGGAGAGCUCGACUGGGGCCAGUGCGCCAGUUUCUAUCCACCUGCCAAGCACGACGGCGUCUGGCGAGGCGUCCGAGUCUGGCCUGGGAGAGGAGUACCAUGUUGUGCGGGAGAGCGACGCGUCGACUUCGGAUGCCGAGAUGGUCAGCGUGCCGCGCAGCCCGCAGAGUGAGUAGGGGAGGGUCUGCAGGGCACAUAAGUGCUCUGCGGUGCCCAAGGGACAGCCUGCGCCGUUGAAUCGGCGCCUGGAACCCGACUUCAGAACCAGUACACGACACAAGCACAGAAAACCACAAACAAGCCAAUAAUUCUUGCAUGCGGGG